AUGCAUAAUAAAAGCCAGUUUAUAUUAAAGAUAUGGUUCCAUAUUCUGAGCAUUUACGGCCACAGAACAAAAGGAACAGAAGUACCAUACAAUCAGCCAAAAUUACCUGGUUGCCCACAAUGGGAUUCUCAUGGAAUCACAUUUGCAAAAAAAGAUAUAAUUGGGACUGAGCCACUUGAUAUUUUCGUGGAUAGAAAUAAUACCGUAUUUGCAAUAGAUAUGUCUAACAAAGAGGCUCAUAUAUGGAAUGCAGGCAAUAUUACUCCGACGACACUUAUCUUGGAUAACUAUCUCGAACCUUGGGGUCUGUUUGUGACGAAUAACGGAGAUAUCUAUAUCGGCACUGGUGCUGAUGGUUGUGUGAAGAAAUGGAGGGCAAACAGAAGGAGCGGUACUAUGGUGAUGAAUGUCUCUAGCUAUUGUGCUGGACUGUUUGUGGAUACUGCGAAUUAUCUUUACUGUUCUUUAGGAGAGAAGCAUCAAGUUGUAAAGCAAUCAUUGGUUAACAAUACGAAUACCUUAAUAAUAGUCGCAGGGUCUCAUACUCAGGGAACAGCUGCUAAGAUGCUUCAUGGACCUCGUGGAAUCUUUGUAGACAUCAACUUCGAUCUAUACGUAGCUGAUUGCUUUAAUCACAGAAUUCAACUUUUUAAGUUCGAGAAUCUAAUUGGAACAACGGUAGUAGACAGUGCCAGAGCAUCGAAUAUCAACCUUCGUUAUCCUACAGCUGUAUUGUUGGAUGCCGAUCGUCAUUUAUUCAUUGUUGACAAUGGAAAUCAUCGUAUUGUUAGAUUGCUAUCUACUGGAUUGCAUUGUAUAGCUGGAUGUUCAGGCGUCGUCGGCUCAACAUCUUCUCAUCUACAUUAUCCAUAUGCUGCUGCUUUUGAUAGUCAUGGUAAUAUCUUUGUCGCCGAUCAAAACAAUAAUCGAAUUCAAAAAUUUAUGCUAUUACUAAAUACUUCUAAUUCAAUAGGUCAUUCAGAAAUAGUUAUGGAAUCGAGCUUCUCAUCAGAACUGACAAUAAGUAGUCGAACAUUUAGGCCUAGCGGUUGUGGUACACACAGUUAUUACUAUCAAGCGAUUCAACUGAAUGUGAUUGAGAAUGGUUGUUAUAAUCUUGUGAGCAACAAUACAAUCUCAACGUAUGGCUAUAUCUACAGAGAUGAUUUUAAUCCAUUCAAUCCAGCUGUAAAUUUAUUUUUACAGAAUUAUCAAAGCUAUCAUAAUCAUCAGUUUAAGUUUCAAACUUAUCUUCAGAUCAAUACUACGUACAUACUGGUUGUCUCAACAUCUAAUCCAAAUGUAACAGGAAUGUUUGCGGUGCUUGCAGUCGGUCCACAUCGCAUCAACUUUAACCCUCUCGACACUGAACCAAUUAUUCAAUCAUUAUACCAAUCGAUAUUGACCAUUAAUAGUCACACAUAUAGACGCGAAAGAUGUAAAUCAUCAGACGUCUACUACGAAGCCAUACAGAUCAAUGUGAUCACAUCUGGGUUCUACAGUUUUUCUAGCGAAAGCAAAUUUGAUGCAUAUGGCUCUCUGUAUAAACACUAUUUUGAUCCGUUUGACAUACGUGAGAAUUUUAUCAUUGCAAAUGAUGAUGGAUGUGUCGAUCGUCAGUUUGUAUUCAUUGCCUAUCUCCACUUCAAUACUACUUAUGUAUUGGUCAUGACAACGUUUCAUUCAAGUACAACUGGCAUAUUUUCCAUCAGAGCAUCUGGUGCACACAAAGUCAUCUUUAAUCGUAUAAUGAUUCAAUCAACAUAUGCAUCAGAGUUGAAUGCACAAACUGAAGUAUAUUCUCGUGUUUGUGGACGAACAAGUUACCAUUAUCAAACAAUCGAAGUCAAUGUGCAAGAGAGUGGUGCCUAUAGUUUUGAUAGCAACAGCACCAUUGUGAUGUACGGAUACAUUUACGAGAGCGCUUUUGAUCCAUUUAACCCAACUGAAAAUGUACUCUCACAGAGUGGAUACGAUUGUGAUGGAUAUCACUUCCACUUUGCAACUUAUCUUCGUGCUAAUACCAUAUAUAUACUGCUUAUGACAACGUUUCACCCAGAUAUUCGAGGAUCGUUUUCAGUGCUUGUUUCUGGCCCAAAUAACAUUAGUCUCAAUCGCAUUAACAAAAGGUAUACCAAUUGUGUUAUUGGUGAUCGGUGUAACUUUUACACUAAAGGUAUCGGCUUAACGCUUGAUGAUAUUUUACGCAAUGAAUUUCAGUCUGAUACAACGUUGUAUCAUCAAUCCGUGUUAGUAAAAACCAGCGCUGCUCUAACAAUAAUUAUGUUCAUUGGUGGUUUCAUUAGUGCUAUCCUUUCAUUUUUAACAUUUCUGAAUAAAGAUCUGCGCAAAGUUGGUUGUGGAAUAUAUUUAAUUGCAUCAUCGGUCACUUCUCUUCUUACAAUAUCUCUGUUUACAGUCAAAUUUUGGUUUCUUCUUCUUACUGAAACAACUAAGCUGGUUAAUCUUUCUACUUAUUGGGGAGGCUGUAUGUUUAUUGAGCCGUUCCUUAAAAUUUGCGUAUAUCUAAACGCAUGGGUAAAUGCUUGCGUGGCUGUGGAACGAGCUAUCAACGUAUCGAAAGGAAUCAGAUUUGAUAAAAAGAAAAGUGCAUACAUAGCUCGAUGGAUAUUGGUCAUUUUACCACUCGUGGUUAUCGGUACAAUCGUCCACGAACCUAUGUAUCGUAAUUUAUUCGAAUACACGAGCGAAGUAUACAAGUUGGCGGAAUAUGAAGAGCCAGAGAACUCUACAAAAGGAACAGCCGAAUCACUGGAAAAGGAGCCAGAGAUCAGUGGUAAAGGAAUAAAUGAGUCAAUUGUUUACGAAACUGAAAAGCAUGUUUUAUGCGUUACCAAUUAUUCUCAUACUCUACAAAAUUACAAUACGUUCAUCCUGUUCUUUCAUCUCCUCAUUCCAUUCAUGGCCAAUCUUUUCUCAGCAUUGUGCAUCAUCUUUGGCAUUGCUCGGCAGCAAUCGGUCAUUCGAAAUGGACAAACUUACAGACAACAUCUUUUCGAACAGUUCAACGAGCAUAAACAACUGAUUAUUAGUCCCGUAAUUUUACUUAUACUAUCAUCACCCCGGCUUAUUAUUUCAUUGAUAUCAGGAUGCGUAAAUGCCUCUAGCAAUCCAUGGUUAUAUAUUGUCGCUUACUUUAUUUCAUUUACUCCGUCGAUAUUGGUCUUUGUUGUAUUUGUUCUCCCUUCAGAAUUGUACAUGAAAAGUUUCAAAAAGUUAUUUCAAAAUUUUCGUCCACAAGUCCAUCAGUAA